AAAGAUAUUUAGUAGGAACUAUGAAUACUUAAGUUCACCGAAAGAUAUUUAGUAGGAACUAUGAAUACUUAAGUUCACCGAAAGACGAACACUGAGAAUUGGCGUUGAAGAGUAAAUGAAUAAAGAAAGUCGUAGAGCGAAAAUCAAUAAUGGAUACAUAGAUAACUAAAAGAAAAGACUAAAGCUCUGUUGAGUAUUUCAAGUUUCAGUUUUUGACAAGCAGCAAAACUCUUACUUGAGCAUUCCCAAAAAUAUUCGAGUUCUCAUCUUUUUUCAUGUUCUUUUACCUCAAGAGAGCCAUUUAUAUGCAGACAUUUAGAUACUUGGGAAUUACUAAACAGAAUUUGCAUGUUUUCCCCAAACUCAAGAUCAUAUAAUAAUGAAAGUAAAUUAAAAUCUAGCUUAUCAAGAAUCAACACAAGACAAAAAUGAUAUAAAAAAAAAUAAAAAUUUCCUAAUUUAAAGUGAGACAUAAAUAAAUGAUUUCCAAAUUCAACGUUGGAAAAGUGAUAGUACCUACCUACACAAGCAUCUGGGGGUUGUAGGAACUAUGAGCCAAUGGCACAAUCAGCACUCAAUGAUUUUUGAAUUUAAAUAAGCUCAUUCUGGGUCCAAAGUCUCAUUGGACAAAAAAAGAAAAGAAGAAGAAAACCCAUUUUUUAUAAACAAAAAUUAUUAGUGUCCAAUUAUAUAAUUUCUAUGCCCCCCACUCAGUAAUCAAUAAGCAUCUCAAGCUAUAUAUAAGACCACUUUGAAUUCCUCAAACCUUUAAGAAGCAAUAACCAAACAAAGCCAAGCAAAGCAUAGAGAAUAGACUUUGAUCUUAAGCUCUUUCAAAGAGUAUAAAAUGUCUGUAACAGAGUUACCUUCUUCAGCUCAAGCCUUCCAAGAACAAUUCCUCGGCAGUUUUGUCUCUAGAAAGCUGCUUCUGCACAACCCAUUUGACCACAACACUCAACAAGCCUUUGCGAUUGCACCAUCUCCAAUCAUAACACAUGAGAACAACCUCAGUGGGCAUGUCUUGAUGCUUCUCUCAGUCCUCGUGUGUGGCAUCAUCUGCUGCCUCGGGCUGCAUUACAUCAUUCACUGUGCAUCCAGACGUUCUUCACGUUACAUGAUCUCUGAGCCUAUAUCCAGUCUUUCAGCAAGACGACGUUCAUCAAACAAAGGAAUCAAGAAGAAAGCUCUUAAAAUGUUCCCAGUUGUGAGCUACUCACCCGAGAUGAACCUGCCGGGGGUUGGCGAAGAGUGUGUCAUUUGUUUGUCAGAUUUUGUUUCCGGUGAACAGCUCAGGCUGCUCCCCAAGUGCAACCACGGGUUCCAUGUUCGUUGCAUAGACAAGUGGCUUCAACAUCAUUUAACAUGUCCGAAUUGCAGACACUGUCUGGUUGAGACAUGCCAAAAGAUAUUAGGUGACUUCAGCCAAGCUGAUUCAGUUGCGGCAGCACCCGUAGAGAGUGUCAUAGAGAGUGUAAUUGUCAGGAUUGUUCCUCUCGAACCUGAAGGAAGGGUAAACACUUUUAGAGAAAUUAACUAGAUGCCAAGAAAGCCAGGAACCAUCAUAAAUUCAGAAUUUAUGCUUUUUAGUUAGAUAGGAGAUUUUACAUCUGAUCACAAAUUAUGUCUUAAGCCAUAGAGGGUUCCAAAGGAUACUUCUAAUUUUUUUAUGUCUUUCUUUUUUGCAUGUAGCAAAGUGUAUAUAGAGAGAAUAUGUCUCACGAGUUCACCAAACUGUUCUUUGCAAAGUUAUUUUUACAGUGGAAUGUGAAUUUGCAAUCUUAUCCAAAAAACAUCAAGAUUCAUCUAUAAGACUAGAACCAAAGAUUGAUAAGUGCUA